GGGAUGCUGUUACUACUGGCGCAAAGCAUGUCGGGCAUUCAACAUGGCGGCUUCCACGGGUCAGGCUGGAAAGUCUGGCAGCACCUCGGAUGUGGAUGUUUUACUACACCCUGAGCUGCUGUCUCAACCGUUUAUGGAGUUACUUUUGAACGAGAAAAACGUCAGUACCAGAAACUGUGCAAGUCGUGACCGGCUCACGGAGCUUUACCUCCGACACGUCAUCCCGCUGCCUCAGAGGACCUUACCUGACAGCCGCUGGGGCAGGAGGGUGAGGAAGACCCGGAGGGAAGAGACACCGGCCCGUCACAGGUCAGGCCAUAAUAGUAAUGACCACAGGAAAAGGCCAAUCGUAUUCGAUGGCAGUUCAUCUCACUCUGGCCCUCUCAAAGUAAAGAAACCAGAAGGAGCCACAGUCUCGGCCACAGGGGUCACGGAUCGGUUAAAACCCCCUCCAGCUGCUAACCUGUCUAACCCCGUUCGCCGGCUGUCAAGCAGCACAUCUUCCUCUUCCUCAUCCUCAUCCUUCCAUAGCAGCACAGACGUAGCAAACCUCAAACGACAAGCAAACAAUUCGGGUGGUCCGAAGUCUCCAGAGGUGAAAAAAAAGAUUCAGCAUGUGACGUGGCCCUGAACUCUGACCUCUACAGACCUGAUGAGAGCUGUGGCUGACAGAACCACUCCCCUGCCGUCACUGCACAUUUUGUAUUGUUAUCCCACCCUACAUUUGCUUUCCUCAUAACUAGUUUCCCAGGACCUGGAUCUCACAAAGAGGAUGAACUCUUUUUACUUGCGUGUCAGCAAUGCCUCACUGUUCUCAUUCAUUUCUGAGAACUGAGAGGAAGAAGUGGUCAGCAGAAGGUAAUCUGACUUUUUUAAAUCAAAGUCCUCUUUGUAGCUUUCCUCAACCUCAAGUGUCCUUACCAUCAGUGAUCAUCGACUCUUCAUAGUCACUUUCAAAAGUGAUUUUUUUUUUUUCUGUGAGAAAGCUGGUUUGAGUAAAAAGGCUUGCUGUGGUGUGUGGCUGGUUUUAAACACACUGAUAAAUCUCAGUGUGUAACAGACUCAUCGUGUGAUGAGUCUCUGACGGUCCAUUAUGGGGAAAAGUUGAAAAGUAUUUAUUGUAUGCCGCAUUAUUGCUACAGGUUUCUCCUCUUGUUUUUUCUCAUUCCUGCUCUCAUGUUGUAUCUAAACCAAUACACGCCUCAGUUUGUGGUAAACAUAGGAUUUUAGAAGAUUUAAGUGUUGUUUGAUGUUGUGGCCAUAAAUUAUCUACAAUUUUAUCAUCAAUAAACUUCAUUCUGUUGAGUUUAUUUAACCUUUUAGUGGUGUUUGAUGAAGAAUUCAGGGUUUUUAUAUACUGUAGCAGUAGUGUACACAUUGUAAAGAUACAGGGACAUAAUUACUUUUCACUGCAUUUGAUACAAAAUCGUCAGAAAUUAUUCAUUCAUACAUGUAAAUACAAUUUUAUUGAUUCAGGAACACAUAAGAUUCACAAAGUAUUAAAACCUUGUCAAAUCAUGUGUCAGAUUUGUAACAGAUGUUUAAAGAGGUUUCUAGCAUAAUAUUUAUUUAUUAAGUUAAUUACAGCAGGUAAGUCAGCAGCAGGUAUUGGAAAGUUACGUACUUUUAAAUUCAGCAUUGUAUUAAAUGUAAAUUGCAGGACUCUAAUAUUUCUCAUUAAACACGUGUUCAUUUUGAAA